AUGGCGCACAGUGAUUUGAAAAAUGCGAUGAGCACGUUGAGUCUCCGUGAACCGAACUGCCUCUUGUUUAACCCUUCUGGUGACAUGGCUUGGAUUCGAGAGAAGUUCCAGAACAUAUCUCGGUAUCUAAUGCGCAUAUCCACUCCGUGGUCUGAUGGCUUAAACGAUGAAGUGUGGGUGAAGUCUAAGGCUGCAACAUAUCGCCGCGAGGACAGAAAUUUAGAUAUAUUCGCCAUCGAGGACAAGGAGCAAGCGGCAGCCGCCCUUAACAGAUACCUCCGGUGGGAAGGUACUACUGUCGACGCGGACAAUAUGAUCUCUUGGACGAGUUCACCACUGCUUGCGCUUCAUCUUGCAAACAUUAAGUUGUGCAUUGUCGACACCGCCGCUCUACCAGAGGGGGUGUUUCUACCAGACAUGGAUCUAAUCGAUGCCUAUCGAGGAUUUAAUGCACGCUUACAAGACUUGAAGGAGCUUCGUACCCGGAAGCAUAAAAGCUUAACAGGGUCGUAUUACUUUGGAGAGUAUCUGUCACAGGGUGCACUCAAGAUCGGCGGAAACUGUCAGAUUGUGUCAGCACAAGCGCUUGUUGAUAAAGGACUAUUCUUGUUACAGCCUGAGUUUUGCAGAUCGAUGGAGGAUACAAAGCCACAAUGGGCAAACGAAAUGACUAAUGAAGAACUUCAAGCCGUAACGGACAUCGCCCAGCUUUUCGGCCCACGAUGGAGACUGCCGAUGGCAACUAACUUGAUGGCUUUGCAGCCUCGUCGAGAAGGAGACAGCGCCAUUCUACGCACUCUCAGAGCUACACCCUUUACAGGUUUGAUGCUUCCAUCUUUUAGCUCCAACAACGCUAAUGAUUGCAGACGAGGAAAGAGAGGAGUGCUCACCGUCAAAGACGAAUGUGGUAGCUAA